AUGUCGUGGUUCACCUCCUUCUUCAAGGACCGUGACUUGGAUCUCAUCCAACGAGGCUCCUACAAGUCUACUCCGGGCGGCACCGCGCUCUUUGUCGGCAUCCGCGCACUAGACCCCCUCCUCCAAUAUGGCAUUCUCGCCCACGGCGUAGGCUCCAAUCUCCUCGAUGCCGUCGGUCUCGGCGCCCGCCCGCUACCCCUCGCGCCGUUGCGCACCGGCGUCCACCUCAUCGACGCGCUUAACCUGAGCGCGCCACGGCUGGCCCUGCUCUCUAUGGCUGCCGGCUCCGCCAUCAAGCAGAUCCAUUGGCUGACACGCCUCUCGCGCGAGGAGUUCCCCGUGCGAGCAGCCCUCACAGUCGGCAUCUUCAACACCGUCGUUAACAGCAUCAACACGCUCGCCUUCUGCUCUGCCGUGCUGACUACCGCUGCCCCACCCCACGACAUCAGUGAAAGUAGCCUUGCCCCCUCAGCUAUCGCCGGUGUCGUUCUCUAUGUCGUCGGCAUUGCCAUCGAGUGGAUCUCUGAAGUGCAGCGCGCCCGCUUCAAAGCCGAUCCCGCCAAUGCGGGCAAGCCGUACACGGGCGGCCUGUGGAGCCUGGCCCGCCACAUCAACUACGGUGGCUACUCCCUCUGGCGCGCCGGCUUCGCCAUGACUGGCGGUGGCUGGGCCAUGGGUGCCUUUUUUGGCAUCUUUUAUCUCUGGGAUUUCGCCACGAGGGCAAUCCCGGUCAUGGAUCAGUACUGUUCGGGAAGGUACGGCGAGGAUUGGUUGAAAUUCAAGUCCCGGACGCGGUAUCAACUGUUGCCGUAUAUCUACUAA